AUGGUGAUUGGUUAUCGCACGGCUCAAUAUUUCUGCUUAAAAUAUUCCUGCCGAAGGCUUUGGGGUAAUGAUGCAUCUACUGGAAGGUGCUUCAGCAACACCCGGUCUUUGCGAGAUAAGACCCCGAAUCAGCAUGAAGCCUGGGGUAGCAGCAAGGCUGCUGUAGAAAGAGACGGAGAGCGCGAAGGCUCUCGUAUGUCUGAUCGUCUGUCCCAGCUGACAGACGAAUCAAUAGAGCAAGGUGGCAAAGCAGCCCUACAAGCUGUGAAAGAGGCUGGCUUUUCAGAGGAACUGAGGGAACGAUUAGAAGCAAAGAUACAGAGUACCUCGUUCAAGAACGAUCAUGCUGCUGCCUUUGCUCAAGUUGACUUGCCUGAUAAUGCUGGUAAAGGCACUCGGUUGCAUGCAAGUGCAGAGCCUUGGACGGGGCAAGAAUCUCUGCCUAGCGCUGCAUUGAGGAUGCUCGAAGACACCCAUAAACCGCUCCGUGGGUACAAAGUCACCAGGGCAGCCUCAAGACCAACGUUGGGAAUUGUUGACUCACGGAUGAAAAAGACUGUACAAAGAUCCCCGGGCGAAAGACUGGCGAAUGCCAGAGACCGAACUUCAGUAUAUGCACUCAGUCAAGAUUCUAAUCUAAACGAGAAGGAGCGAGAACAAAUGCGCAAGCAAUUGAAGGAGCGUUUUACGGCGGGCGCACGUCCAAUGCCUACAACUGUGCAAGGUCUUGCAUCCUUGGCAAAUGAACGCAUUGAAGACGCAAUUGCUCGUGGGCAGUUCAAAAACAUUCCACGAGGCAAGGGAAAGAAUAUCGAAAAGGAUCACAAUGCCAACAGUCCAUUUCUUGAUACAACUGAAUAUUUUAUGAAUAAAAUGAUACAGAAGCAGGAGAUUGUGCCACUUUGGAUAGAGAAGCAACAAGAGCUUGUGAAAGCUGCAAGCGCGUUCCGCCGUCGACUCAGAGCCGAUUGGAAAAGACAUGCUGCUAGAAUGAUAGCCAGCAAAGGUGGCUCACUUGAGGCACAGGUCAGACGUGCAAAGGCUUACGCAGAAGCGGAAGACGUAGCGAAUCCCAAAACCCCGAAAAGCGAAGCUAUCAGCGGGUUUGAUGCGGAGGGAAAAUUAUCCCAAAUAACGAUGACGGAGACGGGUGCUCCAGCCAAUGCUGCCGAAUAUGUGAAGAUCAUUGUCUCUGAGGAACUGGCCGACAAGGCCUCAAUGCCGACUGACAGCAAAGGCGGUAGUGAAGCUACCAGUACCGACGUUGAGCAGACGCCGCCCGGUGAAUCGUCUUCAGGAGCAGUAGCAGUUCGUCUCUUCCGUGAUCCAGAGUGGGAAUCACUUGAGCGCAGUUACCACAUUCUUUUAGUUACGGGCUUGAACAACUUGACCCGCUCCUACAACCUCCAGGCGCCGGAUCUUGCUAAAAAGCCAUAUUUCUCACUUGCUCGGGAGCUAAAAGCCUGUUUCGCUGAGGUUGCGCCACAACUAGCAGAGGAGAUACAGCAGAGAGCCCGCAAGCCUGAAAAGAUCAGGGUGGAAAUCAUAGGUCAUCGAGCUGGAGGGGUUUUGGAGCGCUUUGGAGGCGAAAAGGUUGCAGUGUACGACUCGCAAAAGCCGAAUUAUGGCUUCAAGCAAUUCUGGAAGGAUCUAUGGCAUAGAGAAGCACAGCAUAAUGACAAGAUCAAGGAGAAGAGAGCACAAGCGCAAAGGCCAAACAAAAGUCGAGACUCCAGUAACGCAUUGUCGAAUGGUGAACACAAAACCAGAGAUCUGCAAAGCUCGCCGUUCAGCUCGCCGGGAAAUAGGGAAAAGGCUGGCCUUAAAAGUCGAAGGCCAAGCGGAACUACUGGUAGGCCUUCGGUUGCACCGAAAGAGCUGGGACUCAGAGACACGCAGGAGCACCUCUCGAAGGUCAUCAAGCAGAAUUUCGAUCUCCAGCUUGAGAUCUUUCAUCGACGGCAACGUAACGAUGAGCUAGAAGCAAAGCUUGCGAGGUUUGGUGCUUUGGAAGUAGACCAUGAAAGGCUGCAAUCGGCCAAUGACGACCUAAGGCUACAAGUUAGCAAACGUGAUGCGGACCUAAGUCUUCGUGAGACCGCUAUCGAGGAAGCAGUAGCCAUGAUCUGUGACUUAGAGGCUAGGGUUGAAGACCUUGAACAGGAGCUUCGAUAUCAGACAGAGGAUGGUAGAAGUAGCAUUGGGAACAAGGGUCAGGGACAUCAGCAGAACGGUACGCAGCCUACCUCAUCCAAAGCAACACCCCGUGACUCGGACACGUACCGCUCGCCGACGAUAAAAAUUCACGACUCUUCAAAUGAGUCUGACACCUUAUUGGCAAGCUCGCCGCGGUCCCCACGCCGGCCACCCUCCUUCCUCAGGGAUGACAAGAGAAGUAGCGCUGCUCUUCGUAGUUUGUAUUCUUCCAGGAACCCAAGCGUUGCAAGUCUGGCCCGCCCGAGUAGUAUCAUGAGCGAUGAAGAAUGGGAUGAAGAAUUAGAACGUCAGAUGCUUCAUUCACCGCGCCUAAGUAUCUUGAGUGAGAGUGGCUUUUCCAGCAUAUACGGACAUAUACGCGAAAAAGAGAACAGCUCGACACAAUCCGCUGACCAGCCGUAUGAUGAUUCUAUUACAAAAAGCGAGGAUGCUUCCGCAGAGCGAGCUGCUCAGCGACAGGCAAGGAUCGAUAAUUGGGUGGAAGAAAGGCAGUCACAUGAGAGGCCCAAAACACCAACAAGGCACUCUUCUCGCCACUCAAACGCCCGCCUUUCUUCCAUUGGAGAGAUCCUUGAGAAGGUUCCCGGAAUGUCUGCUCAGCGGCCGAAUGUGCUUGGACUCACUCGGUCGCAGAAGUCUGCAAGUAGCUCCAGCAAGCAAAGCUUGGAAAAUGGAAACCUCGAGAAUCGAAGUCCCACCAAGUCACUGCGGAAGUCUGCUAAAGCCCAUGCAAAUCUCUCAGCCCAGAAUGUGGUCUUCGGCGGAAAUCAUCUUCCUCCAACACCAGAUACGAUGGGUACUGCGACCCACGAAGCCAAUUCUUCGACUCAGAGCGUCGUCACAGAAAAGAGCGUGACGGAUGCCGCGCUCGUCUUCAAUUAUGGCUAUGGUCCUAAUAUUAGAAACGAUCCGGUGAAACCGUCCAGCAGUGCGAGCAACUCUCAUUUAGGUGAUUAUCUCCAAAGAACGGCCGACGCGCUCUUGGAUGCUUCGAGUGAGGACCUUGGGUCGACACAGGCUCAGCAAAGUGAGAAAGGCCUAAGUGCCGAUGUCCCCAUUGCCCCUCCCAUUGCGCCAUUAAGAAAGAAACAUUCCAAAGCGGCACGUUUCGCCGGCUCGAGCACUCCAGCUCGGCCUGCAUUGUCCACCCAUGUGACUGACAUGAUGUUCAAUGGUGAUGGCUUCAAGCCUAAGGAACCAACACGAAACAUGUCCUAUCCAUCUCCAACCGUCUUUAUUGGACCUAUUCCCACUCAACACUCACCUAACAGUCGUCGAAGUUCUGGCGUUCCCAGUGAAAAGACCGUCACAUCACCACGCCGGCAAAGUCCGUCGCAUCCGCGAGCACAAUUGUCUCAACAAGGCAACAAAGAAGGUCUUGAGGAUGUCCGGACAGUGUUCAGCGAUAACACUCCUGCAGCCCUCCGCUCUCACGGCCCUGAACAAGCGGCCAAUUCCAACCAGGGAUCGUCCCAAUCAGUGACCUCUCGCUUCUUCCGCCGCCAUAAAUCGCAAGCGUCCAAUGCUGCCUAUCCCGCUCAAGAAGUGGCUUUGACACGACCUCCGUCAAGUCAUCGUCUAUCAAGGCCGUCUAGUAUUCAUGUGACUCGUCCUGGAACAUCUGACGGCACUAAUGCGACCUUGACAUUGCAGCGCGAAAAGCAGAAGCCGAAGGUGCGAAGGCACAGUGCUUUAUUAGAUGAUGAUACUGUUGGUUUAGGUAAUAAUACCCCGCGAGCAAUUGGCUAUCAAGAUGCGCAACUCAAGCAUGGUAGACUGAUCUCAACUUUAGGCACUGACGCGAGACUGCAUCGUGAAACUGAGAAAAGGCCACAUUAUAGGGGGAGGACAGCAAGUUUCGAGAGUUUGGAAGAUCGGCUGGUGCUAAGAUUCGAGAUGGGUUGCAUUUCAAACGGUGAAGGAAUUGAUGUUGACAGGGUCUAA